UUAAAUCAUAGUAGUACCUUAGCCAUAGUUCACAAUUUUUGAGUCCAAAAUAAAUCAGGAAUGAACAAAUUUCGAAAGAGCGUCUCCACGCAUCUCCGCAAGUUCCGGCUGAGGGCAAUCCCCGAGUUCAACUUGCUCAUCCUGGGCCUCAACAAUUCCGGAAAGAGUACGCUGGCUGGACGCCUUUGUAUGAAAAAUGAAGAAACCUUGAAGAACAUUAAUCCCACGGUCCAACCAAAUGAAAUGGACUUGAAGUACAAGACCAUGAAAGUGCAUAUGCGGGACUUGAGCGGUCAAUGGAGAAUGCGUCAAUCGUGGCACACCUUCUUUCCGAAUACCAAUGCCUUGAUCUUUGUCGUUGAUAGCACGGACGUGUCACGUCUUGCAGAAGCACGUUGCGAGCUCUGUGAUGUUUUGCUGGACGAAAGGAUGUCCCAGGUUCCGUUGUUGGUCCUGGCCAACAAACAGGAUGUCUAUGGAGCGUUGCCUAGUUCAAUGAUAAUCGAUUUUAUGGGUUUGAAUCGAUUGGAAGGACGUGCUUGGAAUAUACAAGAGUGCUCAACUUUGACAGGCGCUGGUUCUUUUAGCACCAUUGAGUGGAUCUAUAAGAGCUUAAAGAAGCAGAGGCCACAGAGUCGAAUUCAGAAAAUACUCAAUCCAACCUUUCUGUUUAGCCAGAUGUGUCCACUAGACUGUCGACGUCCCGCCGUGGAUGUUUAAUUAAUUUAUGGAUCUGGCACAGUGUACGCGAGUAAUCUAUUCUUGUCGACGAAUCCAACUGGAAAUGGAAAUGAAAAUGGAACGUGGCACACAAAUCCGAAUAGACCAGAGAGUGAGAGAGAAUUUCGAGAGACGAAACAACAUUUGUUAUGCAUUCGUUUAGCUUUUGAAUUUGCAUUAAAAAGUAAAAAUUAAGGUUGAAAUUUGUAAUAUAAUAGUAACGAAAAAUAUUGAAUACUCUUUAAGCUGAUACUUUGUACGAACU